CGGAUUGUUUAGGAACGGAUCAGAAAUGGUACAGAAUUUUGCACUUAAUUUCCUCAGUUAUCAUUUACAAUAAGAACCUCUUGGCUUGACAGCCAAGUCUAAACAGUAGUAAAUUAGUACAAAUUUAUACUGAUUUUACUCUAAUAAUCGUAAUAAAAGCUUAUAGAUUUGGCACUAAUUACAUAAAUGCCUAAUGAUCUUGAAAAUUACUCUGGUUAGAAAUAUAUUACUAAUCUAAACUUUGUUGUUGGCUGGCUUUGAAAAAUCAGAACAUUAGAAAUGGUUCGCUUCACUUGUGCAAAGCACUUUAAAUUGUUCAAGUAGUUUAACAUAUUCAAGAGGAAAAUAAAAAGCAUUUAACUUUAUUUACUGCUUUAAACUCAGUUUGUAGGCGAGCCCAACUUGGCAAUUUUACCCGAAAAAAAAAAAAAAGGGCUUACGGGCUCCUAAUACCGCCUGGGGAGGUGGCGCUCCCCGGGCGGCCGGGACGCGCGGUGCCGGGCUCCCUUUCCCCGAGCUGCGCUGUGUUGUGCACCGUGUGGGGCCGGGACGGGGUGGCGGAGAGCCCCCGGGGCCAGGCGAGCCUCUGCGGCCCUGGCCGCUGCGGGAACUCGCCUAAGUUUGUCUUUCCUCGCCGCUCCGCAGCCGUCGGGGCCCGCCGACAGCAGCGGGUGGGUGAGAGCCGGGCCGCGGUAUCCGCCACCGCCCCCGAGCCCGGUCCCCGGGGCAGCCGGCGAGCGGGUCCAGCGAUUUCCGCCCCCGCACCGCGCCGCGCAGCCGCCCGCGCUCACCCGCUUGCAUCCCCCCGAUGGGCGCUGGGCUUGCAAGCCACCCCCGGGAGACUGACCGCGUCGGGUCCGAGGGUGCGCUGCGAGGAGGCAUAAAAUAUAAAAUUAAAAAAGAAAAAAAAAGAAAAAAUAAUAAAUCAGAGGUGACCCGGAGCGGAAGGAGGGUGGCAAAUGUGCGUUUGGAAGAGAAGGGGAGAGGGGGAAAGAGGACGGUGAAGGAGAGCGGAGCAGGGGAAGGGAGCAGCGGCGCGGUGCGGGCCGGGCCGGGGCGGCGGGAGGCCGGGGCGGCGGCGGGCGGGCGGCGGGCGGGCGGAGCGGGGCGCUCCGGGCGCUGACAUUUGCAGGCUGCCCUCCUGAUUGGUCCCCGCGCCGAGCUGCUCACGGGUUCAUUGAAGUGUUAAGCACCUCCCCGUCUCUCUAAAGGACAUUAUAAUGCAAGAGACCCCCUUUUUAACCACACACCGAAUUUUCUUUCAUUUAGGCGAUCUAUAUAUAUAUCUUAUAUCUAUUUUAAAUAACUUAAGGCCGCUAAAAUUUGGGGGGGAACAGCCUUCGCCCUGGAGCGGUGCGCGAUGCUGUCUCACGCCGACCUCCUGGACGCCCGUCUCGGGAUGAAAGAUGCGGCCGAGCUGCUGGGACACCGGGAGGCGGUGAAGUGUCGGCUGGGCGUAGGGGGCUCGGAUCCGGGGGGACACCCGGGAGACAUGGCUCCCAACUCGGACACGGUGGAAGGGACCACCCUGCUGCCAGGUGAGGACAUCACCACAGUGGGAUCCAACCCCAGCUCCUUAGCCGUCAGCGCCAAAGACCCCGACAAGCAGCAGGGCCCGCAAGGCGGCCAGAACCCGAGCCAGGCUGGGCAGCAGCAGGGGCAGCAGAAGCAGAAGCGGCACCGCACCCGCUUCACGCCGGCGCAGCUCAACGAGCUGGAGAGGAGCUUCGCCAAGACCCACUACCCGGACAUCUUCAUGAGAGAAGAGCUGGCCUUGCGCAUCGGUCUCACCGAGUCCCGGGUGCAGGUCUGGUUCCAGAACCGUCGGGCCAAGUGGAAGAAGCGCAAGAAGACCACAAACGUCUUCCGCGCCCCGGGCACGCUGCUGCCAACGCCGGGGCUGCCGCAGUUCCCCUCGGCCGCCGCCGCCGCCGCCGCCGCCAUGGGCGACAGCCUCUGCUCCUUCCACGCCAACGACACCCGUUGGGCCGCCGCCGCCAUGCCGGGCGUGUCGCAGCUGCCGCUGCCGCCGGCGCUGGGCCGCCAACAGGCCAUGGCGCAGUCCCUCUCCCAGUGCAGCCUGGCGGCUGGGCCGCCGCCCAACUCCAUGGGCCUCUCCAACAGCCUAGCGGGCUCCAACGGCGCCGGGCUGCAGUCGCACCUCUACCAGCCCGCCUUUCCCGGCAUGGUGCCCGCCUCCCUGCCCGGCCCCAGCAACGUGACGGGCUCGCCGCAGCUCUGCAGCUCCCCGGACAGCAGCGACGUGUGGCGGGGAACCAGCAUCGCCUCCCUGCGCCGCAAAGCACUAGAGCACACAGUCUCCAUGAGCUUCACCUAAUGGCCGACGCCUCGCCCCGCGCCGCCGCCGCCUCCCCCCGCGCCCCCGCCUCGCCCACCCGCCCCGGCCCGCCCCGGCCCGCCCCGGCCCCCCGCCUUCCCUCACCUGACUUACCAGGGAGUCGACUCAGGAUCUGAAAUCAGACGCCAACUGACUGGUUUGUGGGCUGAGAAACACCCCCCCGCCUCCUCCCCUGUGCAUCCCCCGCUCAUCCCCUCCGCCUCCCUUGGCCCGGCUUGCCCGGCGUCCCCCUCUCCCCGGCGGCGGGAGGACUCGGGGCCUCCCCGAGCCCGACCCUCUUUCCCUUUCUCCUGCCCUCCCUCGGCACGAAGCGGCACUCCCGCCGGCCGCCCGACCGGCUUUGCAAAGAAGCGCGUUUUUGUUUUGCUUUCUUAAUUUUUAUGGCUUAUUUAAGAGCAGCGAUCUGCCGCCGGCCCCCUCCGCUGCAGGGGCGCCGUCGGGGGGCGGCCGGGCGGGUUGGCGGAGCGGUAACCCCAGAGAGAAUCGAAUCCAUUUGAUAAGCGAGAGAGAGCGCGAGAGAGAUGUGGGGAGAAAAAAAGUUUCUUUUUAUAAAGGUAAAACGCAAGAGGGAAAAAAGGGCAAAACCAAACAAAGUAAGAGCACUUCCCUUUUUCGGAUCUUUGAUUUCGCGACGGUUGAGUUACCGAUCCGCCCCACCUUUAUUUACGCAUUUAUUUACAUUCCUGCUGCUAUUGUCCCUCCUGCAUCUUCCGCUGCCUCAGGCGGAGGCGCCGCCGCAGCCCCCGCCCUGCCCGGCCCGGCCCCCGGCCCGCCCGCCUGCAUGUGCCGGUCACCCCGCCGCAGGGCAGGGCCGCUGGAGGAAUGAACAAACGAUGUGAAAUAGGAUGUUUUGUGUAGAUAAAGCAUUCUUGUUACAUACUGGUCGAUUCGUGAUAUGUUUUAACUUAUUGUCUGUGCUUAUUUAUUGCAUUUUGGGUUUCUUAAUGAAUGUUUGAGCUAAUAUAAAACAUAUUAAUUAACUUUUCCGGACACGUUUAUAUCAAGUUAAUGUGAAUGGAUAAAUAAAAUCAUUUUCAGUAUGUUAUAUGAAUAAUUAUGAAUUUUGAUGUGGCGUGUGAGAUAUGAGAAGUGUCUUUAACUGCAGGCAAAAAAAAAAAAAAAAAAAAAAGACAGGACUCUCUUCCUCGGGAUCCACAGAGUCCUUUGUCUCAAGUUUGGGGAUAGUUUGCUUGCUUGAACUUUGCAUUGAAGCU